GAUCACUGAAAAGAAAACCAUCCAUUGGGUCACUUAAUGGGCCAAGGCCCACAUCUAAGGUUCGUGUCGAAAUCAUGAUACUAAAACUAAAAGUUUUCAGGACUCGGAGUUUCGGCGCCAUUAAAGACGUUCAAAAGUUUCAUCAGAGAGCUCUAAAAUCAGAAGGGGGAGAUGUCUACAGAGAUCGCUCAUCUGCGACGGAGGUUGGUCGAGUUCACGAUUCAGUGUACUACUCAUCUCGAACUUCCUCCGAUCGUUAAAUACUCAGCACUAUCGCUCUUCUUCGAUCGGUUUCGUCCGUCUGUUGUCAGGUUCUUACAGAAGAAGAAGAAAGCAGAACACUGGCUAUUGCAACCGUUGACUGAAAGCAAUCUGCAGCUGUUUGUGUUAAUCUCCAUAUGGAUCUCGUGCAAAAUGCACUGUUCCCGGGGUUUAUCGGUUCAAAGUCUGAAAUCCUUGGGUGAUAAUAUGAUCACAGAGCAGCUCUUCACUGUUCGGGAUUUCAUGGAAGCAGAACUAGUUUUUCUGAAGGUGAUGAAAUUCGAGAUUGGCACUUUAAAUAUAGCUUAUACACUGCUUGAUGACCUUUUUAUCCAUUUCAAGGAAGUUGCAAAGGUUGGAGAACUUUUGAACUUCGAAGCAUGUAUGGAUAUGAUGGAUCUUCUUUACGAGAAGGAGGAGACGUCCGUUCUUUAUCAUUCUUCCACAUCUUUGGCUGCUUCCAUUUUGGUCUCUUCUUACAUAAUAACCGUGCCUAAACAACAGUGGGAGUUCCCUAUUCUCCCAUGGGGUAAGCAUUCUUCUUUCUGCUAUUUCCAUCAAAAGCAUUUAUCGAUGAUAGAUUUAUCAAGUCAUAGGGUAUUGAACAAGUUAGAAAUAAGUUAUACCAUAUAGGAUCGCUAAGGGCCAAAUAUUCACCUUUUUGACUACUCUGCAUUUCAGCAUCACGCAAAAGAAGAAUACAUUGUUGUUCCCACUUCAAGUCUUCUUCAUCUUUCCCUUUAGACCCGGACAUUGUAUGAUGUUCCUCAACUUAAUACCUGUAAUAAUUAUGAUUAUGAGCCAUCAAGGUUGACUUA